UCGUAGAGCAUAUCUCUGAAUGUAAUGGUGGAGUGAGUCUGUUGUUGUGUAUGCAGGGGAGGUCAGCAAAUGUUACAAAACACUAGUAAUGAGUUUGUUUUAUGAUAUACCUUGACAAAUUUAACACUAUCAAACGGUAUUCAGAGUAUCGAAGUUGUUUAAAUUGGGCGGCGAAAAUGCAUACAUUCCUUGUACUUUGGGUUCUCACUGUUUUGGGCGUGAACGGGCAGUAUGAAUGGCAAACGCGCGAUGCUUUCGACGAGAUACGUCAAAAAAUGGACAAAGUUACGUCUGAUAAUUGCCCAAUCCAGCGUGUGGAGGACUUACGACUACCAGAAGAUUCAGUGUCACAUAUUCCAGACAUAAAGGACAUAAAUAUUAAUCCAGUGUUCCCCAAUAGAACUGCGUUGUUACAUCUUCAUAAUAUGGCAAUGAGCAGGUCUUUCUUUUGGAGUUACAUAUUGCAGUCACGUUUCAUUAGACCAGCAAUAAAUGACACAUACGAUCCUGGAAUGAUGUAUUAUUUUCUUUCAACGGUCGCAGAUGUCUCGGCAAACCGAUACAUCAACGCUAGUGCCAUAUAUUUUGCUCCGAAUUCUUCAUACACUCCGUCGUAUAGAGGAUUCUUCAACAAGACCAUGCCACUUUUUGCACCCAGAACUUUCAGGGGUGACGACUUCAAUGAUCCGAUACAUUUGGAGCGGACAUCUACACUCCGAACAUUCAUUGUGCAGGACUUAGGUGCUAUCCCCAAUGAUAGUCUAAGUUUGGACUACACUUCCGAGUACUACAAGAUCAAUGAAUGGUACAAAAAAUGGCUGCCAGACACUGUUGACCGACGGCAUGACACCAAGACAACAUACCAGGUGGAAAUUCGCUAUGCCAACAAUACCAACGAGACGUUUAGCUUCCAUGGACCUCCAGGAGCUGAUGAGUAUCCUGGACCUGUAAACUGGACAAGACCUUAUUUCGACUGUGGUCGCUCUAAUAAAUGGUUAGUGGCAGCUGUUGUGCCCAUCGCAGAUAUAUACCCUCGACAUACAGGCUUCAGGCACAUUGAAUACCCUAAGUACACAGCUGCUGCUGUUCUGGAAUUGGAUUUUGACAGAAUAGAUAUCAACCAGUGCCCAAAGGGAAAAGGAAACGAUGGUCCAAAUCGAUUUGCAGACACAGCCCGCUGCAAGAAGGACACUACUGAGUGUGAACCAAUUCAUGGCUGGGGCUUCAGGCGUGGGGGCUAUCAGUGCAGAUGCCGACCAGGAUUUCGCUUGCCCAAUGUUGUACGUCGACCAUAUUUAGGUGAAAUCGUGGAGCGUGCCUCUGAUGAACAGUACAGUAAUGAAUUUGAUUGCCUCAAGAUUGGAUGGGUCCAUAAGAUGCCUGUGCAGUGGGAACGUGCAGACCCUAAUACACGUGAGAUGUACUUAGAGCGUUUUUAUGAAUACCGUAAUUUUUCCACUGGACCGGCUGCAAUACAUACUAACAAGAUGAACAUUGAUGAGGCACUUCGUUUCAUACAUGGUGUUAAUCCAAAAACUUGUUCACGAUAUACAAAACAAGAAUUGACGUUACCUGGGGAUUUUGCUAGCGGAGCAGAGGAGCAGUUUGUUAAUGAAGCUAAAAUGGCUGUCCGUUUGGCAAAUUUCAUUAGUGCUUUCCUGCAGGUUUCUGAUCCUAAGGAAGUAUAUUCAGGAAAGCGAGUAGCAGAUAAGGAGCUGACAGAAGACCAGAUGAUUGCAGAGACACUUGCUCUUGUCAUGGGUGAUAGCCGUAUCUGGUCUGCUGGAACAUACUGGGAACGCAACAAAUUCACAAACAGAACAUUUUUUGCACCAUUUGCAUACAAGACGCAGCUGAACACAAGAAAAUACAAAGUGGAAGACCUUGCAAGGCUUAAACAACCAGAUGAAGUUUAUACAAACAAUGAGUGGUUCAGAUUCUUGAAACAGCGGUGGUCCACAAAUUUUGACUCUCUCGAAAAAUUCAAUCUGAAAAUUAAGAUUCGCUUCAAUGAAAUGGGAGAAUAUUUGAAGAAACACGAACGCUUCCCAACUUUCUACAGAGCCGCCAAUUUGGACCACGGAUACUGGACAUCACCAUUCUUUGAUUGUGAAGGCAAAGUGCCAAAAUGGAUAAUUACCUACGCAGCACCAUUCUUUGGUUGGGACAGUAUUAAGAACAAGCUGGAAUUCAAGGGUGUUGUGGCAGUAACAAUGGACUUGAUGCAGCUGGAUGUCAACCAAUGUCCUGACAAGUAUUAUGCACCAAAUGCAUUCAAGGGAACUCAUAAAUGUGACAGGAAAACAUCAUAUUGUGUCCCAAUUCUUGGCCGUGGAUAUGAAACUGGAAACUACAAGUGUGAAUGCCGUCAAGGUUACGAAUACCCAUUUGAAGAUCAGAUUACGUACUUUGAUGGUCAGCUAGUAGAAGCUGAAUUUGGGAACAUAGUUGUUGACAAACCAACCAGGUAUGACAUGUUUAACUGCCGUUUGGCUGGUGCAGCAGCUUUGAGCGUCAGCAUAUCUGUCCUCCUUUUGAUGGUGGUGUUGCCACACAUUGUCCGGCGAUAGCCCAUAGUUUACACCAGUGUACCACUGAAGGAAGAUUUACACUAGGGAUCAAGAACCUUACUGUACAAAAUUGAAAAAAAAAGAUACAUAUGUUAUUUGUUGUAUAAUAUGAAAAGUAGUAUUUUAUAUGUUAACAUGUAUGUGCAAACAUU